GGGUGUCGGUCAGCAGUGUGAUCUUACCUUGACGCUGAUGUGGACUUUGUGAGUGUGUUGUCCUUUAUCCUGCAGCGUGUUGGUGACACAGACCGUCUGUAGUGCGCCAUCUGGCUGCUCCUCGCCGCCCGCCCAAUUGCCACCACCAAACUUCGCCUCCAGCCAGUCUGACAGGAUCCUGAAGACAACAGACAUUCAAUGAGAAGAAAUUCAAUUCAAUCUUAACGGAAAUCAAAACGUCUGCUGUUACCGUCGGAGACCUGCUGUGACACCGAAGCGCAGCUGCUUACCUGUCCGCCAGGCUGGCUACACUCUCGUGGUCGCUAGGCAAGAGGAGAACAGCCUUCCAGAAGAUUCGGUCAGAGGUGGCGGUCUCCUUGAUGGCCUCAUCUAAAACUUCGUGGAUGAUCUCAGAGCAGAUGGAGAAGCUGAACUGAACCAGGAAGGCCUCGUGCUCCUGCCUCCUCCUGGCACCGACAGACAUGGAAAAAGAAACGUGGCAGCAUUUCCAUAUUCCUGCCACUCCUUUGUCUCAGAAGAGCAGCUGUAGAUCAUCAUCACCCUGCUGCAUGUUGUCACUGGACAUAUUUGAACUUUGGCUGCAGAGGACACAACAUCUGGUGGAGGAACUCAUUCAGGGGGUCUGGCAGCUUUUACAGGUUUCACUCUGAAGAAUGGAAGGUCUCUACAUUAACAGCAGCUCACAGGACCAAAGCUACGAUUACAGCAACACCACCUCCAACUACCAGAAUUUCAGCAGCACCACCUCCAACUACCCGGAUUACGACGAGUUCUAUGAGUAUCUCAAAAAACUUGAUUUUAUCUUAAAUGUGGUCACAUACAUAAUCGUUGCUGUCGGCCUUCCUCUGACCCUGGUGGCCAUCUAUGCUCUUUAUUCUAUGGUGAGAAGUGAUCAUGUUGCUCCCAUCUACGUCAUCAACCUUCUCAUUACCGACAUCCUUCAGGUCUGCUGCAUGAUCGUUUGGGUGGCACCAAAUGUGGAUUGGAAUAUGAUCUCUGAAAUCUUCUCAUUUACUUACCUCCCUGCUGUGUUUGCCAGUGUUUACUUCAUGGUCUGCAUCGCCCUGGAAAGGUAUUUGGCCAUCGCCCACCCGCUGUGGUACCGCUGCAGACGAACCAUCAAGACCUCUGUGGUGCUCUGUGUCCUGGUCUGGGUCCUUUCUGCUGUCUGUGUCGUCUCUUUCUAUUUCAUUGAUCGUGUGGUCAGAUACAUACUCGCUGCCGUCGUCCUCCUCCCUCCCUUCCCUCUGUUAAUAUUCUCCCUGGUUGGGACCCUCAAAGCCCUGUCUGCUUCCAUCUCGGUCCCCACUGAUGAAAAACGACGAAUUGUGGGAAGUUUGGUUCUGGUGCUGCUUAUUUACACGCUGCUGUUCCUGCCCAGCAUCAUUUUGUUGCUGGUAGAAAACUAUGACCCGACCCUCUACUUCCUGUCUACCAUCUUCGUUAGGUUGAGUCCUCUUGCAGACUUGUUCCUGUAUGUGUUCAUGAGGAAAGGGUUCAUAGACAAGCUUUUGGCCUCUGUGUGUUGCCGCAGAAUGGACAGCAAUGAUAUCAGCAGUCCAUCAGUAUGAAUGAUGAAAACAUUUCCACAGUCAGCUUCAUGUAGGCAGAGAAAGAGGGAGAGAGAGAAAGGGGAGGAAACAGGAGGAGAAAUGGAGGCCAAUAGAAAGGAUAGAGACGAGACAGAUCCUGUCAUCUACUGAGACCAUUUCCAAUAAGACACCUAACUGUAGAGAACAGGAAGCACUGUUUGGACUCUGCUGUGGGAGAAGUGGCUGCUGGGAAAUGUUUUGGUCAACUUGCUCUGGUUCACUGUGAUGGCUUCAACACAUGGAAAUAAAAUGUGUUUUAUUAGUUGAUGUUGUCAUUAUUCUCCUUUAAUCCCAGAAGCACAGCAGAUAUUAUUUUAGAUGAACUGAGCUCAUUCUAGCCGCCUCGCUGUCUUCUUCCUAAAUCUUUAUUUGGACUGUUGUUUGGAUGUUUAACACAGGGAGAGCAUCUCAACACGUCUUUAGCACUUUGUACUUUUUAAGUGUAAUUUCUGCUGUUUUAGUGGUAGGCAUGCUGCUGUUUAGG